AUGAGUGCACCAAACACGGAAAUCGUCAACACAACAAAUAUGCAACUUCCCGAGAUCGAACAACUUUUGACUCGGCUCUAUACAACCGGGUGUAACCUCAAAGUAGUAUUUACCGCUCCUCAGUGCAAAAUUGUCAUGGUUCAGAGUCAAAAUCGAUUUGCUCUUAUGCACGCGGUGAAAUGUAUGUCAGAAAUCUUAAGUUUGCCAUCGACGAACCAGAAACAAAAGGUUGAAGCAUUUAUGCUCAUGUCUGAUUUUCUGUUAAACCGCGGACCUUCUUUAGAUGGUGCGUGUGCGAGAAUAGCCUCACAUACACAGGCACUCCUGUUGAGAGCACUUUACACUGAAACGAAAGAAGCUCCACAAUACGUUCAACUACUUGUCGAGGGUGGCCGCAAAGACCCGAACAACGUUGUGUUUUACUUGUAUUCGAUGAUGGAAAUAGUAGAAACGUUAUCCGAUGCUGAUAAGACGAUGGUGAGAAAGACAAUUACGUCAUUCAGAGACAACGGGCUCCGACUGAUAUUUGAAUUUGCGUAUCAGGUCUGCUUACAAGUGUUAAGCCAAGGGCAACAAAUAACAAAUGCGUUGACGAUUCUGGAGAACACCUUGGAUUUGUUGACGUCGUGUUUUAAGUUCAAUUUCACGGGGACGAUGGUAGACGAAUUGAACGAUGAUUUAGCAACGAUUCAACUACCGAGCAUCUACAUUCCGAUUGUGGAUAAUUCUAUGUUUAUGGACGGACUCUUCAAAGCGAUAUUUGCGUCUGAGAAAAUGGCGAUCAAAGUACUUGAAUUACUGGCCACAAUUGCGUCCAUCCGAAAAGCGUCGUGGCAAAGUAGUGCGGACGCCUUUGUGUUUUUCCAAAACAUGUUUAAUGGAGCGAUCAAUAUCAUGAACAACGGACUACUGAUCAAAACUCCAGAUGCUUGCGCGGUGUUCUGCAAGUUUUUGGAACGGCUCAAAUCAAACGUUCAGAUGUCACAAAUUCUUACGACGAACAAUUUAAAAACACUGAAUAACUUCUCAUUGCUUGUGGUACAAAACUGGCUCUCCCUUGGCGAAUCAGUGAAUUACAUUCUCUCGUUCUGGAACAAAAUUAUUAACUCGGGGUCGUUUUCAGAAGACCCCCAAGCCGAGGGCACAUUCAACAAAAUAGUGUUUGCGAUCUGCCAAACACUGAUCGAUUCGAUUUCAAAUUAUUUGAAUGGGAUGAACUACUGUGGUGGUGAAUGUGUUUUAUAUGAUGUUGACCUGAACUGUAAUGAAUUGAUUGAGAACAUUUCACAACUCACAAGACUGAAUCUUGGGCCCAUGUAUGACUUUUUGGAGAAUAACAAAUCGAUUUGCAUGUCUGAGCUUUCGCAGCUCGAAGACACACACAAUUACAAUUCAGUACUGUUGGAAAAGAUUGAGACGAAGUUGUUGUGGUUUUUGUCACUGAUGAAUUCGCUCUUGGGAAGAGGAGUAUCGUCGUACCGGAACAGUCAAGAAGAUGGUGUUCAGCCGAAGAUAAUAGUCUCCAUUUUCUUACAAAUCAGAACGACGAAUCGGAUAUUUGGGCUUGGGAAGUGGGACAACAGUUUGAAAACCGCUGAAAUAUCGACGGAGUUGGAGUACCUCAAAUUCUUCUCGAACUUCAAGACGAUGAUGUUAACGAAAUUAAACAACAGGGACGACUUAUUGAAGGACAUUAAAAAUGGGUUGGGUGUGAAUUCGACUGACGAUAUGAUGGUCUUUAUCAUCGAAAAACUCUCGUCGAAUUUCUUGAAAUAUCCGACGAAUAUCGAUUUGAUUAACAAGACGAUCGACAUCUUUUUGAGUCUUUUAACGAACGGAACACAAUGCAAAAACCUCAUCAAAAUUCCACAAGUCAACAACUU